UUAUAGUGAUUUUUUUAUUUAUUUUUUCAGUCAGCAACUAUAACGAUAAGUUCAAUGACUACGAACAUAACGAAAUUGGAAUCUUCGCUAAAAGAGCAAAAAACAUCUUCCGAAAAAAUGCAAAAAGAAAUAAACAAGCUCUCGGUAAAAAAGUUGAAUCUCGAAACGGAUCUCGAAAAUGCGAACUCACAAAUAGAUACUUUGGAGAAAGAUGUGCUAGAAAAGGAGAAGAAGAUAAAAGAACAAAAGCAGACAAAAUACAAGUUAAAAGAAGAUAUUUUAAAGCUUAGAACGGAGAGAGAUACAAUGGCGAAGCGAAUUCAAAAAUAUGAAACCGAUAAAUCUGCUCUAGAAGAAGAAGUAAAACAAUUAUCAUCAAAAUCAAAGAAUUUGGCGCAUCAAAAGAUAUCAUUACAAAAACAAAUCGCUGUUAAGCAACAAGAGAUGGAGAUUCUUCUACGAGAGAGGAAUAUUUUAGCGCGAACUAAAGAGAACUUAGGUGAUCAAAUUAAGAGACUCAAUCAUGAAAUGCUAGUAUGCGAAUACAGUAGGAGAAAAAUCGAACAUGAACUCGAUACUUCAAUAAGAGAUAUUCAGGAUGUUCAGUUACAUUUGGCUGUAGUGGAGAAGGAGAGGGAUAAACAUAAUCAAAUUGCUCAAGGUUUAGCACGAGAGGUAGAAGAAUAUAUAAAUGAAGCAAAACUGAAGCAAAUCGAAAUCUCAAAUUACAAGAAACGUUUAGCUGAAGCCGAGGCCAAGUAUCGUCAGCAAGUGAAUCUAUACGAAAUGGUUAGAGCCGAGAGAAGUGCGUGCGGAAAAAGCUUGACAGAAGCGCAGGAAGAGAUACAAGAACUGAGAAACAAGCUAAAAGUGCUCAACCAUCAAAUCGAACAGCUGAAAGAGGAUAUUGCGUUCAAGGAAAGCCAAAUGAUUAAAGAGCAAUUUCUUCGCAACAAAGUAGAAAAAGAAAAGGAAGGAUUGAGAGUGGAUCUGUUAUCAUGCCGCAAAGACGUGUCCGACUUGAGGCGGGAUAUUGAAUCGUUAAAACAAGAAGAGAAGAGUUUGCGACAAGUGAUCCUACGCGCUGAAACAGACAUUGCACGGCAUAAGAAGGAUAUCGAUAACGUUAUGAACGAGAGAGAUAUUCUGGGAACUCAGCUAGUCCGUAGGAACGAUGAAUUAACUCUUCAAUAUAGUAGAUUAAAGGUUUUGCACGGAACCCUCCAACGAGGCGAGGUCCAAUAUAAUCAGAGAUUAGAAGACAUUAGGUUGUUAAAAUUGGAAGUGAAAAAGUUGAGAACAGAGAAAUGUCUAUUAUUAAAGAAUAUUGAAAAUAUGAGCAAUCUACGUAAGGAAGUGUUUCAUUUGAAUCGAGACUUAACGAAGGAGAGGCUGAAAGUGAUGGCACUUGAGGAAGAGGUUCAAACACCGUUAAACAUUCAUAGAUGGCGGAAACUUGAGGGUACCGAUCCAAGUACUUAUGAUUUAGUGAAGAAGAUUCAAAUUCUCCAGAAACGCGUGUUAAAAAUGGCAGAAGAUGCGAUUGAUAAAGAGAAGAAAAUAAAGGAUACCGAAAAAUUAUAUAUGAAUUUACGAGAAAUUUUGUCGAAACAACCUGGACCUCAAGUGACAGUUGCUCUUAGCAAAACUCAAAAAGCAUUGCGUGAGAGAGGUCAAAAAAUGAAGUGUUUAUUGGCGGAGCUGAGUAUGUGUGAAGUUCAAAUGGGCGAAUACAAAAUUGGCAUGGAGAGAAUGACUAUCGAAAUGAGUAAUUUGAAGAAAAAGUACUUUGCGGAGAAGAAAAAACGAUACGAAGCAAAAGAUUUGAAAACAAAAUCUGAGCCUAUCUUCCCAUGCGUGGAUCAAAAGAAAUGCUUAGGGGGUGGAUUCAACAUGGUAGCUGGACCAACACCCAGAGCUUAUUUCGUUGUAGAUUCUGCGUGCAGAUAAACUUAUAUUAUUUAUAUAACAAAGAAAGAAUGCAGCUCGGUUAUGUUUACCAAGUUGACGAUACGCAAUUCUGUAAUGAAAAUAUAACAGUGUAAGUGGCAAAA